AACCCUGAGCACAUUAUUCCUACAGGAGGAAGUCAUGCACAUGCUUUUAAACUGUUCGCAAUGAAAUCCUCUAAAACUAACGGUAAAGUGCAAAUAAAACCACCAGCAGAGGGAGACAUGUCUCCUACAGAGAGGUUGAAGGUGCUCCUCUUCUUGGCCUUGUUCUCUGGAGCGACUGGAGUUUUGUUCACGCUGCUUUCCUGUGGUACCGAGUACUGGCUGCUGGCUGCGGAGGAGAAAGGAAGUGGGAAGAAUAACCUAAAGACUGAAGAUAGUGUGAGGAUCUUCCACGAGGGUCUGUUCUGGCGUUGCUUUUUCAUGGCUGGGACCUCUGAUUUCUCUAUAUGGGACCUUUGGAUCACAAAUCGGCCUCUUUCAAAGAUCUGCCAACCCGCUUUCCUUUUCCCGUUUCCUGUUAACCACCCAGCCUGGACAAAGAUUAAAGGUUUUCCCUCAGAGCCCUACGAACAUCCGUCUGCCAUCGUAUUUAGGACCUUCUGGAGCAUUUUCCUCAUCUCAGGUGUGACGGCUGUUGUCACUGGUGGACUCCUAGUUUUAUGUGCAGCCCCUCUGACCAAUCACAGCCUGUAUAGCGCUGGUGGAGCUCUUCAGAUUUGUGGAGCCUUGUGUCUGCUGGCCGUCGUAAUGAUGUAUCUGAUGUGGGUCCAGGUCCUGGAUACUCUGGAGCAGUUUGCCCUCCAUCAGAGAGUCUCCGUCUGCCCUUCCUACCACCUUAGCAUCCAGCAUGGUCCAUCGUUCCUCCUGGCGCCGGUAGCUGCCUUCUUCUGCUUGCUGGCUGGCCUCUUUAUCCUCGUGGGCCAAAGCGUUCAGGGGAGGCACUUGGACAAAAAGAAAGAAAUCUCUGAACCGUCGGAAACUGAGUUGUGAUUGUAGAUGAUUCCUAUAGUUCCUAUGGUCCUAUUUAACAAGUUGGCACAGUUGCUUUGAAAUUUAAAACCAGAAAAAGGAUAAGGUUAUAUUUUUAUAAUCUUUCACCUAAACACGUUUAAGGAAAAGUGUAAAUAAAACAAAUUGAGACUUU